AUGAACCCAAUUAUAUUCUGGAAACCUCCAGGAAGUCAGUCUUUAACAUGCAGGAAAUAUGCAGAAUUGGCAGGCGACUGGUGUACCAGCACAGGAGCGGACCUUUCGGUCAAGCACGCCUGUGCUGCAGAGGCGGGUCUGGACCGGAGGGGGCGCGGCGUCGGAGCCCAGGGAGGCACUGAGAAGUGUGAGAGGCGACGGUACUGGUUCCACAUCCCUAAAUGCUCACGACCAGAUCUCGGCUGCGAAAUAAUGGCACGGGAAGUGACAGGAAUCGUUUGUGUUUGCCUCUGCAUCGCCCUGGCUUCGGCUCAGAGUCCAGCUUUGACUUCCAACGCAGCUACCAAGGAAGUGACCAUAGCAUCAGUGACUACUACGAUUGAGGUGACAGAAGCAACAACAUUCGCCACCACACAGACGCCAACAACCAGCUCAACAGAAACGACUACAGUCCUGUCAACAACAGGCUCAACGGCAACAACCACUGCCCCACCAACAACUGGCUCAACAGCAACAACCACUGCCCCACCAACAACCGGCUCAACAGCAACAACCACUGUCCCGCCAACAACCGGCUCAACAGUGGCAGCCACUGUCCCGCCAACAGCCAACUCAACAGUAACAACCACAAUCCUGCCAACAGCCAACUCAACAGCAGCAACCACAAUCCUGCCAACAGCCAACUCAACAGCAGCAACCAUAAUCCUGCCAACAGCCAACUCAACAGCAGCAACCACAGUCUCGUCAACAUCCAACUCAACAGAAACGACGGUGGAGAGAUCAACAAGCAAUGUAACACAGGCGGCCAAUUCAACAUCUGUUUCCAGUGCACCAGGAAAUACAACCACAGUAUUGACAACUGUGUUUUUGAUGGAGAACUCUGCAACCGCAAUAAUGAAUGGCACAGUUUUGACUCCAAAAAGGCUACAACUAGACCCGGGGCUGAUUAUUAUUAUUGUAAUUCUGGUGUUAAUUUUACUUAUUGCGGUCAUCAUCACUGCUGUGAAAUAUUCACAAAAUGGAAAGCCCGGAUUUAAACGUCUCCAAGAAAUGCCAAUGAAUAGCUUAAAUGAAGAAGUGCCUUUCGCUCAGUAUCCACCCAAAUAAUCCUGAAACCUGUCUGUGCUGCCUGAAAAUGUCUGGAAAUGACACAAAGCUCGACUGACACUUACUCACCAUCUUUCUCCUGUUUCUCUCUCCCUCAUUCUCUUCCCAUUUGAACCAUUAUUGCUUAGUAACCAUUUAACACGGAGAGUUAACCUAUCUAAAGUAACCUUUGUCAUAAAGCUUGCUCUGCUUUUGGUUGUGGCACACUACAAUGGAAAUUAUAAUAUGAGGCUUCUAAUUUUGAAUGCAAGAUCACCACUGCUGUGUGAACUCAACACUAUUUACAGGUAUCCAUUUUUCACCCAGUGUUUGUUGUUGCAAAAGGAAUUUGGGUCCUGAGCCAUAAUAGGUUAAGGUUUGAAACUAAAUCUUUUCUCUUUGAACUGACUGUAUAUUUUUAUGGGAUUUCUACCUCUGUAGCAGUUCAUUUGAUUUUGUCAUUGUCCUGAUAACAUGUUGGUGAUUCAGAUAAGGGUUUGCAAUAAGAUAUGAACUUUCCUCUCCAUUUCCCCCCACCCCAAUGAGUGGAGCCAAAAAAAGCUUAGCAGUGGGUGGGGCAUUGCUAGGUCAUUUUGAAGGAAGUAUAACACUGUUUACAAAAAGCAAAACAAUAAUAUCUAAUUGCCACCAAUUUCGAUGAGGUUAAUGACCCAGUCAGUUUGCGGUCCAGUGAUGGCAUAGCAUAAGCUCCAGGGGAAAAGGGCAGGAUUGAAAUAAAGAUCACUCUCUCUACAAUCAAAUGUAGCCUUUUUUGUCUGAAUCUACAACAGCAAGGCAAACCAGGAGUAUCUCUAAACAAAGGAAUUUUGGGACACAAGGAAGUUCAGACAAAGGGAAUUGAUCUUCAGUACUCUUACGUAGGAAGGGGCGGGAGGACAGGAAUAUUUAGGGAGGGAAUUCUGGAGCCUGCGAUCUUAAUUGUAGAAAGCAUAGCUGCCAAUACAGAAUUAAGUUCAAGGAUGAUCACGUUGCCAGAGAAGUAGAAGAGAAAAAUGAUCUCAGGGUUUAUGGAGAUAGGGAUGGGGAACAUGGAGGGAUACGAAAUCAAGGAGAAUUUUAUAAACAUUGUGUUUGCCAGAUUGAGAGUGGGUGAGAUAUGGGUUGAAAGAUGAAGUAGGACUGGUGUGCAUUAAAGUUCAAAGUAAGUUUAUUAUCUAAGUACAUAUAUGUCACUACAUAUGUGGUGACUACCCUGAGAUUCAUUUUCUUGCCAGUAUCCACAGCAUAUGCAAAAAAACAAUAGAAUUGAUGAAAAACUACACACAAAGACCAGGAAACAACCAAUGUGCAAACUACAGCAAACUGUGCAAAUACAGAAAGAAAAAGAAAAUAGUAAUAGUAGAUAAAAUAUUGAGAACAGAGUUGUAGAGUCCUUGAAAGUGAGUCCAUAGCUUCUGGAAUUCCACUGAGUUUUAGGGUGGGUGAGGUCAUCCAUUGGUAUGUGAAUGACCAGAAAUACAUUAGAAGAGGCAGGAAUUGUAUUGAAUGAGCCAGUAUUGCUUCCAGUAUCAGUAUCCACAACGGAUUUUCUGUACACCAUCCAACCACCCAACCUUGAACAUCCCCAUAACUUUAGGUGUCGUAAUGAUCAAAAUGUAGAAUCUCAGAUCUGGUCUUGUCACACUGGACUUCAGUGUGACACUCUCAGGGAUCUCCCCAAGGUGAUUCGAUACAGAGCACACUGAUCCCUAACUUUGAAGGUUAUGGGUUCAAAUCCCAUUCUGGAGAGCCAUAUACUGUUGAAGGUGCUGAUUUUCAGAUGAGAUACCGAACCAAUAUUCUGCUUUCCCUCCCAGGCAGAAGCUAUUGAAGAAAAUCGGGGAGCUCCCCCCCACCCCCGGUACGCUGGCCCAUAUUUAUCCC